AUGGCUCUGAUCUCUAUUUUGGUCCUACCACUUGUUUUGAUCCUUUUGACCCCAGAGACAGUUCACUGUACACCACCCCAGUCAUGUGACAAGUGCGUAGUUUCCACCCACCAGGGACACGUUACCAUCCGCACCCUGGUGUAUCACACAUUGUACAAAUGCAGCGGGAACAUCACCACCUGUGUGCACAAUGAAACUAGGUACUUUGUUUGCACCACCUUUGACAAGGUCACUUGUUAUCAGCCCUCUGGUGUCAAAUACAUCUUGCAUGCCUACAUAUAUGCCUACAAGGGCCUCAACACUAAAGGGAGACCCCUCCUCAGUGCCCCCUUGGCAUCAAACCCCACCUACGAGGGAGGCCCCAGAGACAUACAGGUUUGUUUUGACACCUGCAAAGCUAUUGAUCAGGGCCAAGGCCCACAGGGAAAUAAUGGGAUUCGGUGUGGGGACCUGGGGUGGCAGCAGUCGUAUAUCCCCCAACAAAGGUACCUAUGGGAAAACGCAAAGGACUACGAAUUAGACCAUAAAGGGCCGCACAGCAAUGGAGCAUAUGUCUAUUGGUACACUUGGCGCCAAAACAAACUGGUUCCUGGACCCCCUGUAGAUGGAAAGCCCUGGUUUAAUAUGAGCAGGGGGAUUACCACGUCUAAUUGCAAGGAAUAUACAUGUACACACUUAUGCCUUUCCUUUCUUGAUCCUCCCUCUUGCACAUGGAAUAUAGGUAUAGGAGUAGAUGGUUCCUCCCGAGAUCCUUAUGGGCAGAUAGUUGUCCGUACCACGAGAGAGAACUUGAAGGCCAAAGAGGAAAAAGCGUUUUAUUCAUUUUAUGAAGAAAUGGGGACAGAAAUAGAAAUUCCACAUGUUGCCAAAAAAUUGUUUAUUGACCUUGCAGAGAGGAUUGCUGAAUCCCUUAAUGUCACUAACUGCUUUGUGUGUGGAGGUAUCAAUAUGGGAGAGCAAUGGCCCUGGGAAGCCAGGGAAAUGAACCUCUCCUCCUUGGUAAAUCUUACCUGGUCUACCCCUAAUAGACCCAAUGUUUGGGCUCUGUCCACUUCCAUUAUCGGGCAUAUUUGCUUUAGCAGGGAUACUUCCAUUGCACAUUAUAAUAUAACCUUAGGAGAUCUAAGAUGUGAAAACAUGCUCCAAACAAAUUAUACCCACAUUAACUGGUGGAGCAAUACGAAUCUGACUCAACCUAAUAAUCCCUUUUCAAACGCUAAUUUGUCUACCCUAUGGACCCAUCUUAACGAUACAUCCAUUGCCUGGACAGCACCUGAUGGUCUUUAUUGGAUUUGUGGUAAAAGGGCAUAUGUUGUCCUUCCUCCUUCUUGGGGAGGACCCUGUGUCCUUGGAACUAUCAAACCUAGUUUUUUCCUCCUACCCAUUAAGAGUGGAGAAAAAUUGGGAAUCCCAGUUUAUGAUGAUAUAGGCCCAAGAUCUAAAAGAGACCUGCCAUCAUUUAAGAUUGGAAACUGGAAAGACGCAGAGUGGCCCCCUGAGAGAAUCAUUCAGGUGUAUGGUCCCGCUACAUGGGCAGAAGAUGGUUCUUGGGGAUACCGAACCCCUAUUUAUAUGCUGAACUCAGUGAAGCAGGGAGUAGGCUCCAGGCAGUAG